AUGAGAAACCAGCCAGUUGCUGCUUGCAGUGGGACUGUUUUAUGCACAGACAUACGGUGCUUCUCUGCAGGCUGUGACGUUUCGGUCAGAUCCGGGCAUAGUGUGAAGGCUAAGCCCGACCUUCCCAACAGAAGAGACUGGCGCAGUGACCCCUGGGCUCAGCACCAAGCUGCGCGCCUGCAAGAACAGACUGCCAGCAGGCCCUGCCUUGGCUCCUCUCCCAGCAAGUUAAAACCCAAGGAGGAAUGUUGUGCAGAGAGAUUGGUGCUUGCCCAGCCAACAUUUGUGUUUGAAAAGAAGGACCAUCCUUCAAAGAGGCGUGCAGGAGACCCAGAUUGCAAACCUGAAAAUGAUUUCAUUAGUUGUUCCAGAAAGCGUGCAAGAUCAUCAUCUUUUGCUUUCCAGAAGUCUGACUCUCAGCCCAACACAGAUGCAACUCUUACGCAGCAAAAAGGGAGGUCAUCUUCCUUUACUAUCCUUCCUACCUUCCCUCCCUCCCAGCCAGUAAAGAAGAAUAAUAUAUUCAUGACCUCAGGUCUUCUUCGAAGGAACCAUGACUUGAUCAAAAGUACAAAAGAAGGAUCCGUGUCACAAACUCAACUAUGGAAUGUUAUUAGACCUGCUGUUUUACAACCCCCACAAGAAAAAAAGAAAGAAGCACAUGUUCAGCUAUCUGAAGACAGCUCUUAUUCCUCAGCUGAGAAUUCAGUAAGUUCCGUAUCAGCAGCAAGCUCAUUUACUACCAUGAAGCUUUCUAACUAUAAAACAACACAAAGUCAGUUGUUGGAAGGCAUAAGUGUACAAACAAACAGCAAUUCUGAUUUUGUGUUUGGAGAAAACAUGGUUGAGAGAGUUUUGGUAAGACCCAUAAAUGCUGGUAGACUAUUAAUCAGGAGUUCUGAAAAGCAUCCCAAAACAUACAUUGAAGCUGAUUCAUACAAAGGAGAAUUAACAUCCAUGUACAUUGAAUCUUUUCAUGUCCAUCCACAAACAAAAACAGCUUUGUUGAGGAAUGUGACACUAAUUGAAUCAGCAGCAGCUUGUAUUUCCAAGCCAGUGAAAAAAAUUUUGUUAGAUGAAGUUGAAGUUAUAACUGGAGAAGAAGCAGAACACAAUGUGUUACAGAUCAACUGCAAGCUCUUUGUAUUUAAUAAGCUUUCUUUAACCUGGACUGAAAGAGGCAGAGGAUCCCUGAGGCUUAAUGAUACUUCCAGCAAUAGAUAUGGAAUGUUGCAGUCAAGGCUAAUCAUGCGAAAUCAAGGCAGCUUGAGACUGAUUCUCAACACCCAGCUCUGGGAUCAAAUGGUUAUAAAAAGAGCAAACAGAAAGAGCCUGUGCUUCACUGCUACAGACCAAGAGGACCAUUCUGUUAAAGUAUUUCUAAUUCAGGCAAGCUCAAAAGACACUGGGUACCUGUAUGCAGCAAUACAUCAUCGUCUUGUGUCAUUGAGAAGCUUUGCUGAGCAAGAACCAGAUGCCAAUCAAGUAGACAUGGAAUCAGAAAUAGCUUUUCAGCCAUUAAACUCUGAUAGUGAUGAUGAAGAUGAUGAAAAAAUAACUCAAGUGAACAGCAGUGGAUCUCGUAAGCAGAAAUUUUCCUUGUAA